AUGGCUGCCCAGAUGCCCACCAAGAAGUGCGGUGUCCUCGGCUGCACCGGCUCCGUCGGCCAGCGCUUCGUUCUCCUCCUCGCCCAGCACCCCCUGCUCGAGCUCCACGCCAUUGGCGCCUCGGCGCGCUCCGCCGGCAAGACGUACAAGGACGCCGUGCGGUGGAAACAGGCUCGGCCCAUGGGCGCCGUCGCCGACAUGGUGGUGAGGGAGUGCCGGGCCUCCGAGUUCAGCGACUGCGACGUCGUCUUUAGCGGCCUCGACUCCGACGUGGCCGGUGAUAUUGAGCAGGAGUUCCUCAGGGCCGAAAUCCCCGUCUUCUCCAACGCAAAGAACCACCGCCGCGACCCCCUCGUCCCCCUCGUCGUCCCCACCGUCAACCUCGCCCACCUCGACCUCAUCCCGCACCAGCGCUCCGUCAACGGCCUCGCCCGCGGCUUCCUCGUCUGCAACUCAAACUGCGCCGUCAUCGGCCUCGUCAUCCCCUUUGCCGCCCUGCAGGCCGCCUUUGGCCCCAUUGCCACCGUCAGCAUCGUCACCAUGCAGGCCGUCUCGGGCGCCGGCUACCCGGGCGUCUCGUCCAUGGACGUCAUCGACAACGUGGUGCCCUACAUCAAGGGUGAGGAGGACAAGCUCGAGACGGAGGCGCGCAAGAUCCUUGGCCGCAUCGACGACUCGGCGCAGGCCUUUGUCGAGCAGGACGGCCUCCGCGUCUCGGCCACGUGCAACCGCGUCCCCGUCAUGGACGGCCACACGGCCUGCGUCAGCCUCAGCUUCGAGCGCCGCCCGGCCCCGACGGCGCAGCAGUGCAAGGACGCCCUGCGCAGCUACACGGCCGAGGCUCAGACCCUGGGCUGCCCCUCGGCGCCCAGCCCGCCCAUUGUCGUCUUUGACGAGGACGACCGGCCCCAGCCCCGCCUGGACCGCGACCUCGGCAACGGCUACGCCGUCAGCGUGGGCCGCCUGCGCGAGGACGAGAGCGCCGUCUUUGACAUCAAGUUUACGGCCCUGAGCCACAACACUGUCAUCGGUGCGGCCGGGUCAUCCAUACUCAACGCCGAAGCCGCCAUUCUCAAGGGCUACAUCUAA